GACGAUGGCGCCCUCCUUCUUCCUGACGUUGGCGCUUCUUUUGGCGCUGACGUCUUUGUCCCUCGCCGCCGAUCCUUCCGGCGUCCCUCUCGGCAAGAGGAGGCGCCGCUCCGGAGGACGGUCGCAGCACCUCCUACGGGCCGCGCCGGGCUACGGCGACGUGAAGGUGACGCGUAGCAGCCGGGGCGGCGGGCCCGUCUCCCGUGGGCCGGCACGCCCUCUGGCCCGCCCCGAGGACGACGGCGCAGGCUCGGAGGGUCUGCGUCCGGUACGGGCGGAGACGGGCCGGGGCAGAGCCGGCCUGAGAGAGAACCAGCUGCAGGGCACGCGCAAGGGAAGAGGUCACGCCGACCAAUCGCAGCUCAGGAGACGCGGGGGGAGGCGGCACAAAGGACGACAUGGGCAAGGUUUUCUUCCGGAGCCGCGGUCGGGCGUCCCACCGGACGAGCCCCCUCCUUCAUCUUCGUCUUCUUCGGCCGCUGCGGGCGACGGCCCCUCCCCCGACUCCGCCCCCUCGGGCUCCGGCUCCUCCUCGGUCGCCACGGUGGCCAACGAGCAUCCCCCGACGUUGCCCCCGGCCUCCGCCAAACCGCCGAGGUCCGGACGAGGGAAGGGGCAAGGCGAGGUGAUGCCCACCCUGGACAUGGCGCUCUUCGACUGGACCGACUACGAGGACAUGAAGCCUGUGGAUGCGUGGCCGUCCUCCAGGAAGAAAGACAAAAGGCGAAGUAAAAAUCUCAGCGGCGGGAACGGGACAGCGGACGGUGACGACGUCGAACCAUGUGACCACCAUCUGGACUGUCUGCCCGGUUCCUGUUGCGACCUGAGGCAACACGAGUGCAAAGCUCACAACAGAGGCCUGAACAACAAGUGCUACGACGACUGCAUGUGCGAGGAAGGCUUCCGUUGCUAUGCUAAAUUCCACCGCAAGCGGCGCGUAACGAAGAGGCGGGGCCGCUGUGUGGUGCCCGAGUCGGUCAGUAGUGACCAAGGAGGCUUCAUCACCGUCUGAGGAGGAAGAGGAGGAUAGGAGUCUGUGGGAAGACGGCGACCGUGACCACACGGGCGACGUCCCGUGCUUGGAGUGGAUGUCAACGAGCGGACGUUUUGAAGCACAAGGGAAUGCUACCCCCAACACUACCCUAACUCUAACCCAGCCUACACCCCAGCACUACCCCAACCUAAGCCCAACACUACCCUAACUCUAACCCUAACCUUUACCCCAGCACCAGCCCAACCUAAGCCCAACACUAACCUUGCCUUUACCCCAGCACUACGCUAACCUUUACCCCAGCACUACCCUAACCUAAGCCCAACACUACCCUAACCUUUAACCCAGCACUACGCUAACCUUUACCCCAGCACUACCCUAACCUAAGCCCAACACUACCCUAACCUUUACCCCAACACUACCCUAACCUUUACCCCAGCACUACCCCAACCUAAGCCCAACACUACCCUAACUCUAACCCUAACCUUUACCCCAGCACCAGCCCAACCAAAGCCCAAAACUAACCUUGCCUUUACCCCAGCACUACCCUAACCUUUACCCCAGCACUACCCUAACCUAAGCCCAACACUACCCUAACUCUAACCCUAACCUUUACCCCAGCACCAGCCCAACCUAAGCCCAAGACUAACCUUGCCUUUACCCCAGCACUACCCUAACCUAAGCCCAACACUACCCUAACCUUUACCCCAGCACUACCCUAACCUUUACCCCAGCACUACCCUAACCUAAGCCCAACACUACCCUAACUCUAACCCUAACCUUUACCCCAGCACCAGCCCAACCUA